AAUAACUGAAAUAGAUACCACAGUGCGAUCCGCCAAAUCCUUCCUCCAACUAAAUGAACAGAAUAAUGUCCAGAUUUUCAAUUAGUGCCAAAGAUUCGCCAGGCUGCGUGACAACUGGAGUAACUUAGAAGUGAAAUCCAGAUCUGAAAUGGUCGUUUGUUUAUGUUUACAUGUUUGAAUCCCGGCGCGCCAUACUUAUUUUCGUGAGAAAAUUACCAAAACAACCAAAACUGUCUUACCACGCCACCAGUGUAUUUUACGUCGUGGACUUCAGCUACGCCUUCUCUGAUUGAUAUAGCGUCAUUUGUUCCAUGCUUGUAUAGGAUAGGAGCCCCAGUACAUAGUAUGGAACAUCCUCAAUGAGCCGACCUGCCCACAUUCAGUCUUGCCGUGGAAUCAAUCCGUCAGUCAGUUGUGAGAAAGAUUAACAACCACAGAAAAAUGAUAAUGUUUGUUUUUGAACCGUAAAAGCUAUGGAUUCAGUACCGGUUGUGUAGUUAAAAUAAACUGCACCUGCUGGAUUUACGGAUUGCGGCCUUGAUUAAGGACGACUACGAAACGAUUGAUUACCACCCAGCGAGACGCCUGCAUCCAAUCUCUUAAGCCGAUUAUAUGACAUUUACUUCUCUCGUCCCACACCUGGACCAUUUUAAUUAACCGCAACGCAGCACAGUCACCAUCACCAUGAUCCAGGAUUACGGACCAGUAACUCAGGCCCUACUGGGAACUCUCCUGACGUGGGGUUUAACGGCGCUCGGUUCCGGAAUGGUUAUAUUCCUACGUGGCAACCAGCGAAAAUCGUUAGAUAUCUCACUUGGUUUUGCCGCCGGUGUCAUGAUUGCUGCCAGUUUCUGGUCUCUGCUGGCACCGGCCAUCGAACUUGCCGACAGUUCGAAAAUGUACGGCAGCAAGGGAGAGUUUGCUUUCAUACCGGUGGCGAUCGGAUUCCUGUUGGGAGCGAUUUUCGUUUACGGGACGGAUAAGGUUAUUUCCUAUCUGGGAAUCAACAGUCCGACGAUGAUGAUCGCUUUGACUCACGCCAACAAGGACAAAGCAGAUAUUGCGAUUGACGAUCAAGUUUCAUCGUUGGAGCAUGGCAGGAGUUCGUAUGCGGGAGUAGCUCCGAAUCCCCAGGACAGUUCGUUUGCAAUCGGUAUGGACAGUUUCGCUGAUUGUUUGAAUGCGCAGCAUGGCAGUGUAUCGAGAAAACGCAGAAAGGGAAGUGAGAUGUGCAAAGAACAGUCGUUAUAUACCAACACAAGUCAAAGUCAAAUCGAUGCUCAGUUGUCACAAUGGAAAAGAAUCAUGCUACUGGUGGUCGCUAUAACCGUGCAUAACAUUCCCGAAGGGUUGGCCGUUGGUGUCAGUUUCGGUGCAAUUGGAACAACCGAAUCGGCCACUUUUGAGGCUGCACGUAAUUUGGCUAUUGGCAUCGGGAUUCAAAACUUUCCGGAAGGACUGGCUGUCAGUCUGCCACUGCAUGCAGCCGGGUUUAGCCUCGGCAAAAGCUUCUGGUACGGUCAACUGUCCGGUAUGGUUGAACCGAUCUUUGGAAUCCUUGGUGCAGUUGCUGUCAGCCUAGCUACGAUUAUUUUGCCUUAUGCUCUUUCGUUUGCGGCCGGUGCCAUGAUCUAUAUCGUUGCGGAUGACAUUCUACCGGAGGCACACGCUAGUGGAAACGGUCAAUUAGCGACCUGGGGAUCGAUCGCUGGAUUCGUGGUGAUGAUGUGCCUCGACGUUGGGCUUGGAUAAGUUUUUUGUUUUCGACAGUCCUACUUUCCAACAAUCAAUACAAACCGAUGUGAUUCGACUGGGAUGUACUUUAAUUGAGUAAGUAUUAAUUGUAUUCGUCAGAAAUACUUAAUAGGGGACAACACAAAAAAACAAAUAUCAUUUAUCAUGGAUUUCCAUGAAAGAUAGUAAUAGUAGUAGCAUAACAGAUUGUGAGAGUACAUGAUAUGUACGCUUUGAACAGAAGCAAACGCCGAACGUUUUCCUGCUCUUUUAACUUAGUUUAUUUAGUUCACUGUACAAAUACAUUUUAUGACAAACAGUUAAA